AUGAAAGAAAGCCUCAGCAAAGAGCGAAAUAAAACGGAAGAACUUGGUGUUGAUCGGGAUAGAACAUAUCGCAACUUGGUUUUACCGCAACAACACUUCCUAAUCAUCCUAAGUGGCAUAUUCACAGCCGAGAACCAUAUUCGCCAUCGCACGAAGGCCAUUGCUCUACCCACAAUAUGA